UGCUGUUCUGAGUUUCUGAAGAGAUUCUGUUAAAAAAAAAAAUGAGUGACUCACUGGAGAGGACUACAGACUGUCCCUUGCCGCUUGUUGGAAAUGACUCCAGCUCAGACGAGGAGAGAGAGACCCCGACAGGACCAAGUGAGCUAUGCUGGGAAGAUGGAGGUCUACCCAUUGAGCUGCAGAGAGGGAUGGAGACUCUGCGGGUGAACAGAGAGCUGACCGAUGUGAUACUGAGUGUUCAAGGACAUGACUUCCCUUGCCAUAGGGCCAUACUUGCUGCUGCCAGUCAGUACUUCAGGGCAAUGUUUUGCAGUGGUCUGAAGGAGAGUCACGAGGAGUGCGUGCAAAUAAAGGGGCUGGACAGUGGGACAAUGCAAUCUCUCUUGGAGUAUACCUACACCAGCCGAGCCCUCCUCACACACUCAAAUGUCCAGAGAAUACUAGAGGCUGCCAGUCAAUUUCAGUUCCUGCGUGUUGUGGAUGCGUGUGCUGGCUUUCUGAGCAAGUCUCUGCACCUAGAGAACUGCAUUGGGAUCCUGAAUCUAGCUGAAAGUCAUGCCCUGUCGGCCCUGAAGACCAGGGCUCAGGACUACAUCACUGCUCACUUCUCCCAGGUGGUCCAGCAGCAGGACUUCCUAGAGCUCCCAGCGGAGUCGCUGGAGACUGUCCUGCAGAAGGACGACCUUGAUGUGAAGUGUGAGGAGUGUGUUUUUGAGGCACUCAUGUGCUGGGUGAGAGCCCAGCAGGAGGAACGCUAUCCUUUACUUGCCAGGUUGCUCUCACAUGUGCGACUUCCAUUGCUGGAGCCAGCAUAUUUUGUAGAAAAAGUGGAGUCAGACGAACUUAUACGCUGCUGCAGUGAAGCUUUUCCUUUGUUGCAAGAGGCCCGCAAAUAUCACCUCUCAGGCACUGAGGUGGUUUCUGAACGAACCAAACCCCGUGUGAGGCACUUUCUAUCAGAGGUAUUCUUGAUCAUCGGAGGCUGCACUAAAGAUGAACGCUUCAUUUCCACUGUCACAUGUUUGGACCCCCUUAGACGCAGCAGGCUAGAGGUUGCCAGGUUACCAAUCACAGAUCUGGAGGAUGAAUCUCAAAACAGAAAAUGGGUGGAGUUUGCUUGCAUCACCUUCCGCAAUGAAUUGUACAUAUCUGGAGGUAAGGAGACGCAACAUGAUGUCUGGAAAUACAACGGGGCCCUGGACAAGUGGAUCCAAAUCGAGCCCUUAACAAUUGGCCGCUGGAGACACAAGAUGGCAGUUCACAGGGGAAAGGUGUACGCACUGGGUGGAUUUGAUGGAGUUCAGAGACUUGCUAGCGUCGAGGCCUAUGAUCCCUUUCACAAUCGCUGGACACAGGUGACACCUCUUGCAGUAGGAGUGAGCUCCUUUGCUGCUGCAAGCUUUGACCGAUGGAUCUAUGUGAUUGGCGGCGGGCCGAAUGGAAAGCUGGCAACUGAUAAGGUUCAGUGCUGGGAACCUGGGACAGACAGCUGGGAAAUGCGGGCACCCAUUCCCAUCGAAACCAAAUGCACAAAUGCCGUUACAUUCAAGAACUGCAUCUAUGUGGUUGGUGGUGCUAUGCAUGCCAUGUACUGCUACUCCCCUCUGAACGACUCAUGGUCCCUAGUUACUCGUCUGGGGGAGAGGGCAAGCUGUGCCAUCGCUGCCUGUAACAACAAACUCUUCAUCACCGGGGGCCGGGAUAACAAAAACCAAGUUAUCUCCACAGUGAUGUGCUGGGAUGUUGCCCGAGGAGUGCUUACAGAGGAGUGUGUUUUACCUAUGGGAGUGUCGCACCACGGCAGUGUGACACUCAUGAAGUCCUACACACACAUACACAGACUGACACCUGCUUCAGAGUGCCAAUGACACAGACUUCUGCAAACAGGACUUGUUGAGAUUGAUAGUGAAAUAACACCUAAGAAGUGAACAGAAAAAAUAUUAAAAAAGAAACAUUUCUAAAUUCAUUACAAUGCAUUUCAUAUAAAUAUACGGACACAAUUUUUCCCCCCCAGUUUCUUUCCUUUAAAAAAAUGAUAUUGUCAUUUGUUCUUUCCAUUCUACCAUAAAGAAAAAUAAACUAACUGAACAUUGUUAACAACUAAAUCACAAUCUAGGAAUCGUUGUGCAAUAAAUAAAUACGUUUUGAAAGA